CGCAGACGACGAACGAACAUUUGCAUUAAGAAGUUGACAAAAGUUGGCAAAGCGUGCAACCAACCCAAGGAGCCCGGAGCCGGUGGACGUAGCCGGGGCAUGAGUUUGAGCAUUAACAUUAAGCUGAUGCAGGGGGUGGCGGAAGGUGAUGAAGUAAAGAGCUCGAGUUAGAAGUAAUGGAGGAGGGUGCUGCACGAGAGGUGGAGCUGAAAGCAGAUGCAGAAAGAAUACAAAAAGGAGAAGAGUAAGAAUACUCACUAAAUAAUAUGUACAGCCAUGUAAGGCAAUGAGAAGCAACAGCCCCCAGCCACCAGUCAACAGUCAACAGCCAUCAGUCAGAGCUCCACCCUAUAAAAUGCGAGCGAUCCACUGUACUGGAAUGCAUUCUAUGCACGACUCAGCGAACCAUCGUUGAUUAAAAGCGGCAAACUCAAGAAUUCGCCACAACUAAGAAGUAGAAGAAGAAGAAGAAGACGUAUCGGUAGAGAAAUAUAAGAAGAAGCAAAGUCAAGCAAACCGAACAAAUAAAACUCCCAUCAAAUAUUACUCAGGAUGUCGAAACUCUUAUCAUUGUUGUUGUUGGCGUUUGCACUAAACACUGCACGCGUCACGGCUAAGCCCGACCAAGUGGCUGCAGUCGCGCCUGUUGUUACUGCAUCGGCACCCGUUGUUGCUUCAGCACCCGCUAUAGCUCCUGCGGCACCGUACGUGUCCGCUGCUUACAUGGCACCUUACGUGGCUGCUCCUUACAAUGCACCCUACACGGCUGCUUAUUCCGCACCCUACGCGGCUGCUUACUCCACACCUUACGCGGCUGCUCCUUACAAUGCACCAUACACGGCCGCUUACUCCACACCAUCUAUCGCUGCUUACACUGCGUCCUAUGCCGCGCCCUACUUUACGCCCUACUCCGCUGAUUACACUGCCCCCGCCGCCUUCACUAACGCUCCAUUGAACCCAGUGGCCGCCAGUCAACGUGUGGAUGUACAGAAUAAUUAUUAUGCGGCACCAAUAAUAGCUGCUGCGGCACCUGCCAAGUUAGUCGCACCAACAGCCAGAAUUGCAUCAGGUCGCUUUGUUGCUCCGGCUGUCGGCGCAUAUGCCGCACCUGUAGCAGCAGCUUAUACGUCACCGAUUGCACCCAUUGCCGCCGCAUACACAGCUCCUUCCAUCGCAUCCGUAGCUUCCGUUGCUGCUCCAGCAAACUAUGUUGGCCCCACGGCUGUGGCUCCGGCUCGGGCUCCAGUAAUUGCUGCUGCCCCAGUUGCUGCCUCUCCAGCUAAGCUGGUUGCAUCAAAUGUUGUUGUUUGAACGGCGCUCAUAUGAAGCAUUUGCUAUUAAAACCGAUAAAAACAUAUUUGGCAAAUACGUGAGUUCUACGCUUUAGUGCUUUAAGUUGACACCUGUUAACCUUACCCAUUAUUGUUGAAGUUAUUGCUUUUUGCUCUUAACAUAUACAUACAUACAUUCCCGUACAUACGUGUAUACAUAUAUAGGAGUAUUCAUUAUUAAUAUUGCAAGUACCUGAAUAAAAGGAAGCAGAAAUAUGCUCUUAAA